AUGGAAGAAUAUGUUGUGGCUGUGGAAGCCGAUCGGCAGGAGGCACUGUGCCGCCUGGUGCAGUGGCUGAAGGACGUUAGUAAGAGAUGUGAAGGCCAAGCGAACAUCCUCUGGGGAGGAUUGAAGGCCGGAGAGGAUCCAGCGGAUUCUGGGAAGGUGCUGACCUGGAGCACCGACGAGUUGCAGAAGGGCGAGAAGGUGCGUGACCUCAGUGGUGGGAAGGAAAGGAUCCCCCUGGAGAAGGCUCUGGAACGGGGCAACAAGUCGCGGACUGCAUUCAUCACGACGUUUGCAAAGGUCCCUUUAUUCAAGGAUGGAGCGUCCGUGUCUCGUUUCUACGAGAUUACGAACGUCAUCCGCUUUGGCCACGUGAGCAACGGCCAAGUCCUUCCCAUUACCAAGGAGUAUGACUUCCUCGAGGUAGUGGAUGGCGGGCUCUACAGCUAUUCUGGAAAAACUCCCAAGGCAAUGAAGUACGUGAAGCGGCUGUGGGAAAAGGCAGUUUUCCUGGCACAGCGCAACAUGGCCGUCAAAGAAUCCGUUGUCAUGCUCAAG